GACCGUGACAGAGAGAAGAGGGAAAAGGAGAAAGAGAAAGAGAGGGAUAGAGACAGGGAGAAGGAGAAGGAGAAGGAACGUGAUAGAGAUAGGAAGAGUAGAGAUCGGGAUAGAGAUAGAGAUAAGGAGCGAGAGAAGGAGAAAGAUAGAGAGAGGGAGAGGUCAAGGAGGAGCCGUAGUCGCUCGAGGAUUGAGCGAGAGCGAGAGAAAGAGAUGUUGAGAGACAGCGAGCGUGACUUUGAAUCACGGGACAGCAGAUGGAUUGUUUCCACAUCUUAAUGGGCUAACAAUGCGGAAACCCUUCAAGGCUUGAUUGAAGAAGUGGCUUAUUCCCACAUAUAUUGAGUAUGAUAAGGUUGGCAACGCAUAUGGUGUGAGGCUGUAUCAGUUUUUCAACCUUUUCUUCUGUUCGAAGACGAAAAUACAUUAACCCUAUAUGUGAUUCUUUUUUGUGAAAGCAGGGAAAAGUCUCAAAAUUUUGGUGCUGGGCAGCGAAUAAUGUCACAACACAUACUGCAUUCAUAUUCUUAACUUGAAGUUUAUACUUGGAGAUGCUUCAAAAGUUCAAAUUAUCUUCUAGAAUUUGCUCUAUUUGUACUUGUUUUCUUUUUCUCUGGGAAUGUUGUGUUUUACUGGUGGUUGGAAUUCUAUUUGCUUCCUGUUUAGAUAUAAAAGACGAAACUCAUUUGGGGUCCUUGAGCAUUUAUGAGGAGAUCGUGCUAUAUUCGGCUAAACAAGUAGAUAAAUGAAGUUUGCAUUUUCAAGUAGCCUAUCGGCCUAUCCAAAACUUUAGAAUCUUGUUGACUUCUUCCACAUUUGUCUCGAAAGGGCUUGCCUUGAUGAUCUAUCCUGCUGCAGUAGCUACUCCAUCUAAUUGUAAAGAGGUGAAAUUUAGCACAGCAAGGGAGGCUUUAGAGGAUGAUGAUUCAUCAUGUCAUAAUGUAAUUUGUAGCAUGUCCAUGUAUUUAUGCAAGUUUGGUUGAGCUUUGAUGUUUAUAGUAGUUGAUUAUCUUCAAUGUAGCAGGUGCUACAUAAAGUACUUGAAAUGAAAAUCCACUCCCUACUAUGUGCAACUUAAAUUUUACAACCAGUGCCUCAUACUUUUUCGUUCUUUACUAGCCUUGAGAUUAAUGUGAUUUAGAGGUUGAUUUGCUUCAAUAUGUUCUAUAGUUUGUGACAUAGGAAAGUGAAGGGUCUGCAUGAGCUCUAGCUGGUUAAUGAAGUCAUGUUUAAAAUAAUUCCUUGCUAUGAUCUAUGCCAUACAGAUUCUCAUUAUGGUCUGAGUCAUUUAUACAGGAGAUUCAAGGAGAAGAAAGAAAAAAUAGAACCAGAAGCUGAUCCAGAAAGGGACCAGAGAACUGUUUUUGCUUACCAGAUGCCCUUGAAGGCGACUGAAAGGGAUGUGUAUGAGUUCUUCUCACAAGCAGGAAAGGUGAGGGAUGUGCGGUUAAUCAUGGACCGGAAUUCAAGGCGAUCUAAAGGAGUUGGGUACAUUGAGUUUUAUGAUGCUAUGUCCGUGCCAAUGGCUAUUGCUUUAUCUGGUCGCUUGCUUUUUGGCCAACCAGUAAUGGUCAAACCUUCUGAAGCUGAAAAGAACCUUGUUCAGUCAACCGCAUCUGGUGGUGGAUCAGGGUUGGCGGGGCCAAAUGCUGCCUCAGAAAGAAAACUUUAUGUUGGAAAUCUUCACUUUAACAUGACAGAAUUGCAGCUUAGACAGAUUUUUGAAGCUUUUGGGCCAGUGGAGCUUGUUCAAUUACCUACAGAUCCUGAAACAGGACAUUGCAAAGGAUUUGGGUUUGUCCAAUUUGCUCAACUUGAACAUGCUAAGGCGGCUCAAAGUUUGAAUGGUAAGCUUGAGAUUGCCGGUCGGACCAUCAAGGUUUCAUCCGUUACUGAACAUGUUGGAGUACAAGAUGCUGGAGCUAAAACUGCAGACUUUGAUGAUGAUGAAGGGGGUGGCCUGGCAUUGAAUGCUCAGUCAAGGGCCAUGCUUAUGGCAAAAUUGGACCGCAGUGGUGUUGCUUCAGGUGUUGCGGGUACACUAGGUGUUCCUGCAUUUAAUGGAGCAGCUCAGCCAGCAAUGAGCAUGCCAAUGGGUGGGGCAACAGCUUUUCCGAAUAUGCUCCCAACACAACUCAUUGCUUCCAUGGCUCCCGAACCCAUUGGAAUUCCCAGCGAUUGUUUGUUAUUAAAAAACAUGUUUGAUCCUGCAACUGAGACGGAGCCAGAAUUUGAUUUGGAUAUUAAAGAUGAUGUGAAGGAGGAAUGUUCGAAGUAUGGCAGGGUCAAGCAUAUCCACGUGGACAAGAACACCUCUGGUUACGUGUACUUGCAGUUUGAUAGUGUUGAGGCUGCAUCUCGUGCUCAACAAGCCAUGCACAAGAGAUGGUUUGCUGGCAGAUCGAUUUCAGCCAUCUACUUGCAACCAUAUGAAUAUGAUGCCAAGUUCAAAGGUACAGGCUAAAUGGUUUCAGAAGGGGGCCAUCUAAAAUGUCUGAAGACUGCUGAUUUGUUUAUUGUAAUUGCAGAACUGCAGCUAGCUGAUUUUGUAUUUAAGUUGGGAUCUUAGUGAUACCAAGACUCGUUAAAGUUCUGUAUACUCGGACAGAUGAGGUUAUAGGUGUUAUUGUGAUGGAAGUUGUGUAAUUUUGACACA